AUGAGCAGUCAAAGAGUCCCCAUCGAGCCCCAGCGCGUCGACGCACCAUUGACCUCGUCAGCAACCUUCUUGGUGGUAACAGCAACCGAUAAACCGGACGCAAUUAAGACCAUCCGCUCAACCCUCGCGGGCCUAGACAGCCUCGCAAAGAACGUGUCGAUACGCGACCUUAAUGCCCAAUUUGCCUGUACAGUAGGCAUCGGCAGCGCAAUCUGGGACACCCUCACCGGCCUGCCUCGACCAAGCGAACUUCACCCCUUUCGCGAGGUCAAGGGAUCCAAACACACCGCUGUUUCCACACCGGGAGACCUACUCUUCCACAUCCGCGCCGAGCGCCGAGAUCUCAGCUUCGAGUUCGAGCGCCAGCUACUGGACCAACUAGGUGAUGCAGUAUCCGUAGUCGACGAAACAGUCGGAUUCCGCUACUUUGAUGUACGCGAUCUACUCGGUUUCGUAGAUGGGACUGCUAACCCGGUUGGUCCUUCUGUUCCAUCUUCUGUGCUCGUUGCCGAGGAAGAUACCUCGGCGCAGGGUGGAAGUUAUGUUGUUGUGCAGAAGUAUACUCAUGAUCUUGAAUCGUGGAAAAAGCUUCCAGUUGAGAUGCAAGAGAAGAUCAUUGGACGGACUAAAUUCGAGAAUAUGGAGUUGGAUGAUGCGGAGUCUGGGCAGCGGUCUCAUAAGACGCUUAAUACUAUUGAGGAUGAGGAUGGGAAUGAGCAUGAUAUCCUAAGGGACAAUAUGCCUUUUGGAUCGCCUGGCAAAGGGGAAUUUGGAACUUAUUUCAUUGGAUAUACGCGGAGAUUGUGGGUUAUUGAGAGAAUGUUGGAGCGGAUGUUCGUUGGGGAUCCGCCUGGCCUGCAUGAUCGCAUUCUGGAUUUCUCGACUCCGUUGACGGGAAUUACGUUUUUUGCGCCGUCGGCGAGUUUGUUGGCGAGUUUGGACUCGGAUUGA